AAGCUAUUGAGCAUUCGUUUUUUUUUUUUUUUGCAAAUUACGCCAGUCCCGAAACUGGGGUUGUUGACUGUCUGAGAUCACAAGCCGCGAAGUGGCUCGAGCCGAAGCUUCAUAUUUCCGCUGCCGCGCGAGCUUUCUGGACUGAAGGUGAAGGAUCCGUUCCAUUCCAUUCUACAGAGCGGGAAAGUAAACCCUAAUCCUCAGAACUCGGGGAAGAAGAAGAUGGUGACCUCUCCGGUGGUGAAUACGUACCCUCUGUCGAGCUACACGUUCGGCACCAAAGAGCCCAAGAUGGAGAAGGACACCUCCGUCGCCGAUCGCCUCGCCCGCAUGAAAGUCAACUAUAUGAAAGAAGGGAUGAGGACAAGCGUGGAAGCUAUUCUUCUGGUACAGGAACACAAUCAUCCUCACAUACUUCUUCUGCAAAUUGGAAACACCUUCUGCAAACUUCCAGGAGGACGUUUGAAGCCAGGGGAAAAUGAAAUCGAAGGUUUGAAGAGGAAAUUGACGAGCAAGCUUGGAGCUAAUUCACCUACUCUUGUACCAGAUUGGCAGAUUGGUGAGUGUGUGGCUAUCUGGUGGAGGCCAAACUUUGAAACCAUCAUGUAUCCAUACUGCCCCCCUCACAUAACAAAGCCCAAGGAAUGUAAGAAGCUCUUUCUUGUUCACUUGUCUGAAAGAGAGUACUUUGCAGUCCCCAAAAAUUUGAAGCUUCUCGCAGUUCCAUUGUUCGAACUGUAUGACAAUGUGCAGAGAUAUGGUCCUGUGAUAUCAACCAUCCCUCAACAGCUUUCAAGAUUCCAGUUCAACAUGAUCACCACAUGAAUUCUGCCUGGCAUUUCAAGGAUUGCCGUCUUAGCUGCCCGAAGUUGAAUGAGUGUUAGGACUUGUUAUCGUAUAUCUGAUGAGCCGGCAACUUGACGAAUUAUGAUACUAUUUAUUGACAAGCUUUAGAAGUUUGGUUGAAUGUUGUAUACUCUUUUAUCUGUUCAUGUUGUGUGCUCUUUGUGAAUUCAUCUAUUAGUUCUUUUUAAGUUUCUAGUUAUUGAUGUAUUUGGUUAAUUAGUUGUGAACAAGUUUAGUAAGGUAUCAUUUAAGAGAACUACUUGGUUGUAUUGUAGUUCUUAAACUAAACUGCCAAUACUGAACUUAGGAUCUAUGCUGUCUUUGAAGACUGUAAGUUGUUGAACCAUCUGUAGCUCGGAAGAGCAAAUGACCUGUGAGGCUGUGGCUCGUAGUUGAGACCAAUCCCUUAUUAGACAGUGCACGUACCUCCCAGAUUCCAAGUCGCCUAGCUUAGAACAUGCUAGCAGAGCAGAGACAAUAGUGUAGCCAUCGGGCACCAACCCUUCUGAUUGCAUUUGAGGAAAGAGAGAUAAUGCUUCUUCGAAUUCGUCGUGGUGGAUGUAACAUGAGAUCAUCGAAUUCCAUGACACCGCGUUCCUCUGAGGCAUUUCGUCGAACACUUUGCCUUGCUGUUUCUAGAUCACCCGCGUCAGCAUACACUCCGAUCAUGGUAGUCC